AUGCCUGAGAUUACGAUCACUGGUUGGACCACCAGGGACGUGCGGUUUCCCACGUCCCUGGACAAGACCGGCUCCGAUGCCAUGAACGCAGCGGGUGACUACUCGUCGGCCUACUGCAUCCUGCAAACCGACUCGGACUUCAGCGGCCACGGCAUGACGUUCACUAUCGGCCGUGGCAAUGACAUUGUCUGCGCGGCCAUCGACCACCUGGCCGACCGCAUCAAGGGUCGCACUCUCUCGUCCCUGGUCGAGGACUGGGGCAAGACGUGGCGCCACCUGGUCAACGACAGCCAGCUGCGCUGGAUCGGCCCCGAGAAGGGCGUCAUCCACCUGGCGCUGGGCGCCGUCGUGAACGCCAUCUGGGACCUGUGGGCCAAGGUGCUCGGCAAGCCCGUCUGGCGUAUCGUGGCCGACAUGUCGCCCGAGGAGUUUGUGCGCUGCAUCGACUUCCGCUACAUCACCGACGCCAUCACGCCCGAGGAGGCCGUGGCGCUGCUGAAGGAGAGCGAGAGCGGCAAGGAGCAGAGACUCCAGGAUGCUUUGAAGAGCCGCGCCGUCCCUGCCUACACCACCAGCGCUGGCUGGCUCGGCUACGGCGAGGCCAAGAUGAAGGGUCUGCUGCAGGAGACCCUGGCGAACGGCUACAAGUACUUCAAGCUCAAGGUCGGCGGCGGUCUGGAGCAGGACAAGAAGCGCCUGUCGAUCGCCCGUGAGGUCAUUGGCUACGACAAGGGCAACGUCCUCAUGGUGGAUGCCAACCAGGUCUGGAGCGUACCGGAAGCUAUCGAGUACAUGAAGAACUUGAAGGACUUCAAGCCGUGGUUCAUCGAGGAGCCCACAUCACCAGAUGAUAUCCUGGGACACAAGGCCAUCAGGGAGGCCCUGAAGCCGUACGGCAUUGGUGUUGCGACCGGCGAGAUGUGCCAGAACCGCGUCAUCUUCAAGCAGUUGAUCGUGUCCGGUGCCAUCGACGUCUGCCAGAUCGACGCCUGCCGCAUGGGCGGUGUGAACGAGGUUCUCGCCGUGCUCCUGAUUGCCAAGAAGUACAACAUCCCCAUCGUCCCGCACUCGGGCGGCGUCGGACUGCCAGAGUACACACAGCACCUGAGCACCAUCGACUACGUCAGCGUCAGCGGCAAGCUCUCGGUGCUGGAGUACGUUGACCACCUGCACGAGCACUUCCUGCACCCAUCGGUGAUCAAGGACGGCUACUACCAGACCCCCAUGGAGCCUGGGUACAGCGUCGAGAUGAAGGCUGAGAGCAUGGACCAGUACUCAUACCCGGGCAAGGACGGUGUGAGCUGGUGGAAGAGUGCUGAGGCCAAGCCGAUCCUGGACGGCGAGAAAUACUAG